AUGGCUCCGCCAACGGAAUAUGAGUUUGGCGGCCCUAUCGGUGCGGCGGGCAUUGUCUUCGGCCUCCCGGUGCUGAUGAAUGUCAUGUACCUCGGCUGCAAUGACGUCUCGGGUUGUCCUGCCCCAGCUCUCCUCGAGCUGCGCUCCCUGACCUGGGACACGCUCAAGGCGCAGAUCCCCUGGCCGGAGGACGGCAUCUGGGGCUUUGCGAGCUGGAAGGUUACGGGAUGGGUCCUGGCCUACUAUCUGCUCAACUUGGUCCUGUACCGAGUUCUCCCAGCGACAGAAGUCUAUGGCACGAAGCUGCGUGAGUCUGGCAAGCCUCUCAAGUACCGCUUCAAUGCCUUCCAUGCGACGGUGGUGCAGCUGGUUGCCUGUGCCAUUGGCACCUACAUCCAGGGCGCCGACUUCGUGGUCUGGACCUUCAUCACGGACAACUAUUUGCAGAUCCUGACGGCCAACAUCAUCCUGGCCUACGUCAUCUCCAUCUGGGUCUACAUCGCCAGCUUCAGCGUGAAGCAGGGCAACCCUGACCUGCGUGAGCUGGCUAGGGGUGGCCAUACCGGAAACCUGAUCUACGACUUCUUCAUCGGACGGGAGCUCAACCCGCGUGUCACUCUUCCUCUUUUCGGAGAAAUCGACGUCAAGGCGUGGCUGGAGAUGCGCCCCGGUCUCACCGGCUGGGUCCUGCUCGACCUCGCCUUCAUCGCCCAGCAGUACCGCAACUACGGCUACCUCUCCGACAGCAUCAUCGUCGUCGCCGCCGUGCAGUCGUACUACGUCCUGGAGGGCCAGUUCGCCGAGGCCGGCAUCUUGGGCAUGAUGGACAUCACCACGGACGGUCUCGGCUUCAUGCUCAGCUUCGGCGACAUCGUCUGGGUCCCCUUCCUCUACUCCACCCAGUGCCGCUACCUCUCCGUCUACCCCGUCCAGCUCGGCUGGGCGGGCGUCGCAGCCAACGCCCUCGUCUUCGCCGUCGGCGUCUCCAUCUUCCGCGCCGCCAACUCCCAGAAGAACAGGUUCCGCACCAACCCCAGCAGCCCCGAGUUCGCCAACAUGACCUUCCUCCAGACCAAGCGGGGCACGAGGCUGCUCACCAGCGGCUGGUGGGGGAUGGCCCGCCACGUCAACUACUUUGGCGACUGGCUGCAGUCCCUGCCCUUCUGCCUUCCCACUGGCAUCGCGGGAUACGUCAUCUUCCCGGCCGCCAGCGGGCUGACGGGCGUCGGCGUCAAGACGAUGCUGGGCGGGCAGGAGGUCAUGCAGGGGGAGCUGAGGGGCUGGGGCAUGCUCUUCACGUACUUCUACUCGGCCUGGUUCGCCUUCAUGCUCGUCCACCGCGAGCGCAGGGACGACGUCGCCUGUGCGGAGAAGUACGGCGACGACUGGGUUACCUACAAGAAGAAGGUUCCGUCCAGGAUCAUCCCCGGAAUCUACUAG